UUUUUCUGUUUUUCCGAGAUAAAAUCCUGUUUUUCGAACUUUUUUUUUUUCUGUUUUUCCGAGAUAAAUUCCUGUUUUUCGAAAAAAAAAAAAUGUCAUGGUAGUUUUACUGGGAUUCUGAAUGACGCUCUCACUUGUUGGAGAUUCGGUGGAAGCAACAAUGUCCCGUCUGCUUACUUUAAUCAGGUUUUAUUUUGUUUUGGGCUUGAGACACUGGGAAAUACUUGUGUCUUUAAGUAAUAUAGAUGGUGUUUGUAUUAGUUUGUCGACUUUGCGCAGGCACCUCAGUAGUCUGCGGUUGUUCAGACGGAAAGACUAUUCCGAUCUGCUGGACGUUGCAGUUUUCCUACAGGAUCAGUUGAGCGAAUAUGGAAUGCUUCACGGAUACAAGAUGAUGCAUCUGAAAAGCAUUCAGGCCGGCUACGUGGUGACUCAAGAGACAAUCAGGCAUUUGCUGAAAAUACUGGAUCCCCGCGGAGUGGAACUGAGACGCCGUAAACGCCUUCGACGACGUUUGUAUCAGAAUCCCGGUCCGAACUUUUUAUGGCACAUAGAUUCAUAUGAUAAACUCAAACCAUAUGGAAUCUGCAUCAAUGGUGCAAUAGACGGGUUUUCAAGGAUGUUGGUGUGGCUACAUGCAUACUCUACAAGUAGUGAUCCAAAGGUAAUCGCUGGAUACUUUAUUGAUGAGGUGUCAUCGAGAAAUGGGACUGCUACUCGAAUUAGAUCAGACCUUGGGACAGAGAAUUGCUUCGUGGAGCAGAUGCAAAUAUUCAUGAGACAUGAUCAUAUGGACGAAUUUUCGAACAGAUGCUUUUUGUACGGCUCAAGCAAUCAUAACCAGCGGAUUGAGCAGUGGUGGGGUUUUUUGAGGAAGCAACAUGCACAGUUCUGGAUGAACGUAUUUCAGGAUUUGAAAGAGUCUGACCACUUCUCUGGUGACUUCCUCGACAAAAGUCUGAUACAAUUCACAUGUCUCGAAAUAAUAGAGAGAGAACUGCAGGAUGUUGUUCACCUCUGGAACACUCACAGAAUUCGCUCAUCCAGAAAUGCGGUGUCCCCAGGAGGACGUCCGGUGAUGAUGUACACCAUACCCCAACUAUUUGGUGCUAGAGAGUACCUUAAAGAGGUAUCCCAACAGAAGAUACAGGCAUGCAGGGAGGAAUGCCUACAGAGAGGACCGUGUCCCUGUGACAAUACUGUGUUUGACGUUUGUUGCUUUGUCAUGGCAGAAACAAAUCUUCAUCCACCCACCUCUCCAGAGGAAGCAAUUGAGCUUUAUAAGUUUUUACGGGCUUACAUAUAUGCCCAUAUUUAAUAAUCACAAGUUGUUGUACUGGAUCAGAUGAUUGAAUGUGAGCACCCAUCUUCAACAAAAUAACGCUAUGUUUGCAUUUUUUCUAUGGGUGGAAAAUGUAAUGUUGACUGCAAAUUUCAGUUUAAAUGAUUAACAGAUGUAUUGUCUCUAAGUAAUGAAUAAUUAACUCCUCUCUGAGCUUCAUAUCAUCUCUUUUCAUUCAUCAUUAUGGAAAAGUUAUAUACUCAACAAGGUCACUGGGGCUGUCCUGAAAAUAAACGUCUCACAUUUCUGCUUUACAAAAAAUGUCAAAUUUGUCCUCAUUGUGGAACUAUGUAGCAUGACUGAAUGUCAUCUGACACACUGUGGUUAUUCUUGCAUAAUCAUCCAUAAAUCAAACAUGUUAUAAUAUCUUAUGAUGAUGGGUGUCUAUGGGCUGAAACUUUAAAACUCCAGUGGUGUGUGGCAUCAGACAAACCUGGUAAUACAGAGAAUAAUUUAAUUUAGUUUAAUUUCUCCCCUAUGUGAUUGAGUGUUUAUACACUAUUUAAGCAUUUAUGAAAUUCCUUCCUCUUUGUGUCUUUCUCAUCAAGAUAUUUCAACUGCCACCAAAUAAUGACAUAGCAUUUGGUGAUGUAGAGGAUCUUAGGUGUUGAAAUAUAUUAUUAUCUAUUAUUUGUUGCUGAUAAUUCAACUAUCUUUUAUCGUUUGAAUAAAAGCAGGCCAUCUUGCCUAUGUAGCCUAAUAAAAUGUGGUCUGUCAUCCUAAUAUCUUUUUCAUUGGCAGUGUGGUUACCAUGACACCAUCAACAAAUAAAGGCUAAUUUCCACACUAAUUAAAGUGUGCCUAGAUU